AAGUUGGUGUUUUAAUUUUAGUGUUCUAUUUAUAUAUAAAUACGAGAGAUCCUGAAGUUUAUGCUUUCAAAUAUCCAAAAGAAGAGAAUUUGGAUUUUUAUAACAAAAUGGGAAGAGCUCCAUGUUGUGAGAAAAUGGGGUUGAAGAAAGGACCAUGGACUCAAGAAGAAGAUAGAAUCCUCAUCAAUCAUAUAAACACUUUUGGUCAUUCCAACUGGCGUGCUCUUCCCAAACAAGCUGGUUUGUUAAGAUGUGGAAAGAGUUGCAGAUUGAGAUGGGCAAAUUAUUUGAAACCGGAUAUCAAACGCGGUAACUUUACCAAAGAAGAAGAAGAUGCAAUAAUCAAUUUACAUGAAAUGUUGGGAAACAGAUGGUCAGCUAUAGCAGCAAGGCUACCUGGUCGAACAGACAACGAGAUCAAAAACGUAUGGCACACACAUUUGAAGAAGAGGCUGCCACAAAACCAACAAGCCAACAAUGAAACCUUAAAACAAAGUAAAAAAGAAAGCAAGUUGGAAUUAGAUGUCGAUGCGAAACAAGAACAAUGUUCUAGUGACAUUUCAUCCCAUAAUAAUAAUAAUAAUAAUAAUAAUAAUAAUAAUAAUAAUAAUAAUAGUAAUAAUAGUAUUAGUAGUAGCGUUGUUACUACUAAUAAUCAAGAUAAUAGUAACAAUAAUGAUGAUGUUGAUUCGGUGGAAAAUAAGUUUGCAAUGGAUGAGGAUUUCUGGUCUGAAGUUUUGUCGUCUGAUAAAUCUAGCAAUAUGGACAUUGGUGGUGAUAAUUAUGAAUUUCAAGUUGGUGAUGAAGGUGUGUUUAGUUCUAGUUCAUUGAGUUUGUGUCAAGAUAUGGAUUUUUGGCAUGAUGUUUAUGCGAGAGCUGAGGAAAUAACUGAGCUAUUAGAGUUAUGAUUCAUUGAAUUAUCAUUGUUUUUCAUAAGUUGUACUACUUGUAUGUUCAUUGGAUGGAACGCAAAUCAUGUUUUUGUCUCAUUAUUUAGAGUUAAUUUUGCCGAAUAAUUAAAACCCUCUUGGAGAGGAGUUUGUAUUAGGGGUGUUCAUCAUUCAUGAACUACACCGAACCAAACCAUAUUUAUGGUUCGGUUCAGUUUACAAUAACCACUUCAAUAACAAUUCAGUUAACUGUUAAAAUAGUUUAAAUUCAAUUUAAAACUAGUUUAGAACCAAAUUAUAUUUAUAAACUA